CCCCUGCAGCCUGCAGCACAGUGGUAUGGUCCGUUCAUGAAGUCAACAUAGAGGCUGCUUCAGCAGAAACACUGAAGUGAACUGUUCAGUCCAGACUAACGGAGGCGACGGAGCUGAGUCCAUGAAGUGACCUGCUGCUGGGAACCCACAGAGUCACGCGAUGCAACCGUCUCUGCUGCUGCUCCCGGUAGUGAGUUAGUGUGUUCACGUGCACUGACAGCGCGCGUGUGGGGGUGAGUGUGCUGCAAUUCCACUACUGGAGGUUCGUGCGUGUGCGUCCAGACCAUAGGUCCAGACAGGAAUGGAGGCUCGUGAAGUAAGCGGGGUGUACACUGAGGUCAGCGGCCUCCCUGCGCCUCUUUCUGCCCAUGUGAAAGAGGAGCAGCUCCCGGAGCUCCGGGUCUACACCGUGACUGCUGAGUGGAGCCAGAGCGACCUGGUCCGAUGCUCCAGACUUCGCUACUCUCAGCAGUGGACAGUGAUCGCAGCCGUCAACGAUCAGAAGAGCAUCCGGGCUGUCCUCCCUCCUGGGUCCUGUGCACCAGUGUCUGGAGAGUUACUGAGUGGACGCUCUCCCAUUCAAGACCUGAGGGCGGUUGUCAGAGAGACCAGUGGUCACCAGCUCCUUGAGAUCUGGGACUGCAACGGCCUGAGGAAAUGCCUCAACCUGACUGCCCUCAACCAACAUGGCCGAGUAUAUGACGAUGCUCAGUUUGGGUGUAUGUCAUGGUCGGAGUGUGAGAACAAACUGCUGUAUGUCGCUGAGAAGAGCAAGAACACAUCAUCAGAAACAUGUGAUGGGGAAUCUGCAUGUGGGAAGGACAGGAGUGUGUACUGUGAGGACUGGGGUGAGGCUCUGACCAACAAGAGCAGCCCAGUGAUUUGUGUGUUGAACUUGCAGAGCGGCACCGUCACUGUGCUGCGGGGCGUGCCGCCUGACGUCUCUCCUGGACAGGCUCUGUGGGCUCCCGGGAGUCAGUCUGUGUUCUUUGUUGGUUGGUACCAUGAACCCUUCAGACUCGGCCUGAAGUUCUGUUCCAACCGCAGGUCUGCGUUAUUCAAGUUAGACCUGGAUGGACACUGUGAGUGUCUGUCAGGGGACAACCUGUCAGUGUCCUGUCCGAGGCUGAGUCCAGACGGGUCCACGCUGAUAUACCUGCAGGGACGAGUGUUUGGUCCUCACAAUCAGUGCCACAGUCUGCAACAGCUGGACCUGAAGAGCAGGAAGACAUCCACACUGUUGGAUGUUGUCAACAGACCACGGGCCGGCGAGUUUGCAGGUGUUUAUGAAGCUCUGGCGUCCUGGUGCUGGUCUGCAGACAGUCAGCGAGUGGUGUUCAGCAGCGCCUGCAGGAACUGGAAGGAUCUCUUCAUGGUCGACAGAAGAACGAGAAAAGUCUCCUCCCUAUCUGAUAGUCUCUCUGAUGUUUAUGGCAGCUGGAAGCUGCUGACAGUCCAGAGUGACAUGAUGAUCGUCUGCUGCUCCAGCCCCAAUACACCACCUACUCUGAGGGUGGGUUUCCUUCCCUCAGCAGGUGAAUCGGUGACCUGGCGAACCCUGCUGCCGCCCGUCAUGACCUUUGAUUUCCCUUGGACAAUUCUUGAUGUCACACCUGCACCUGAGGAGGAAAACACACAAUACUCUGGUCUAGACUUUGGUGCUGUCCUGGUUAAACCGUCUCCUCCCCUGCAUGAGGCCAGUUUACCCCUGGUCGUCUUCAUCCAUGGUGGUCCUCACUCCCAGUUCCCUGCAGAGUGGAACUGCACCACAGCUGGACUGGUUAAACUUGGCUUUGCUGUGCUUAUGGUUAACUACCGGGGAUCCACAGGGUUUGGCCAGGACAGCAUUUUGUCCCUGAUUGGUCACAUUGGAAGUCAGGAUGUAAAAGACGUGCAGAGGGCCGUGCUUACUGUGCUGCAGAGCGACCUGACCCUUGACCCCAAACGCUUGGCCGUGAUUGGUGGCUCUCACGGGGGUUUCCUAUCCUGUCACCUGGUUGGUCAGUACCCUGAGUUCUACAGAGCGUGUGCAGCCAGGAACCCUGUCAUUAAUGCUGCUACGUUAUUGGGAACCAGUGACAUAGUGGACUGGCGUUACACCAUUGUGGGGAUCCAGUACUCGUAUGACCAGAUCCCCACUGCUGAGGCCCUGGCUCUCAUGUUAGAGAAGUCCCCCAUCACACAUGCUGCUCAGAUCAAGGCUCCAGUGCUGCUGAUGCUGGGAGGCAGAGACAGACGAGUGUCCCCUCAUCAAGGUCUGGAGCUCUAUAAAGCACUGAAGAGCAGAUCUUCACCCGUCAGGCUGUUGUGGUUUGCAGAAGACGGACAUUCACUGGCCAGAGUGGACACACAGGCCAACUGCUUCCUCAACACAGUCCUAUGGUUGUACCAGCACCUGUGAAAACACACGCAUGCACACACACACACACUGCUGCUGAACAUGACGUUUACAUUAGAUUACUAUCACAGCAGUAUUCAAUCUUUCUGCCUUUUUAACAAAAACACAUCUACCUGAUUUUGUACAAACAUGGCAUGAAAUAAAAAAAAUCUUACAAACCUG